AUGUCAAAGCGACAAGAAAACAAGAAGAUUGCAUUUAUUCAUCCUGAUCUUGGAAUUGGAGGAGCAGAAAGAUUAGUUGUCGAUGCAGCUGUUGGAUUACAAGAUUUUGGUCAUGAUAUUAUUAUUUAUACAUCACAUUGUGAUUUAACACAUUGUUUUGAAGAAGUCAGUUCUGGUCAAUUGAAAGUUUCUGUUCAUGGAGAUUCAUUACCUACCAAUUUAUUUGGCAAACUUCAUAUUUUUUUUGCAAUAUUAAGACAGUUUUAUUUAGUUUGUUGGUUAAUAUUCACUGGCACAAUUAAAAAUUAUGAUUAUUUUAUUGUUGAUCAAUUAUCAUUCUGCAUCCCAUUAUUGAAAAUGUUUUGUAAUUCCAAUUGUCAAGUAUUAUUUUAUUGUCAUUUCCCUGAUCAAUUACUAGUUAGAAGAACAAGCUUUUUAAAGAAAUUAUAUAGAGUACCCUUUGAUGCAAUUGAAGAAUAUACCACGGGGUCAAGUGAUCAGAUUGUUGUUAACUCAAAUUUCACUAAACAAAUUUUCCAUGACACUUUUAAGAAAUUAAACCAUAUUGAUCCUCAAGUGGUUUAUCCAUGUGUUGAUACUGAAACUAUUGUCGAUACAAAUGCAUCAUCUAAUUCAGAAGUAUCAAAAUUUUUCAAAGACUCGCCAUUUUUUUUAUCAAUUAAUCGAUUUGAAAGAUCCAAAAAUAUUGAAUUAGCAAUUAAAUCAUUUGCUAGAAUGAAUAAGUUAAUGGUUACCAAAGCAAUUAAAUCAUUUGCUAGAAUGAAUAAGUUAAUGGUUACCAAUAAGAAACCAAGAUUGGUGAUUGCUGGUGGAUAUGAUAGCCGAGUAGCUGAAAAUGUUGAAUAUCUUGCAGAAUUGUCAACGUUAUGUGAUGAAUUGAAUUUGAUUAACUUUACCAUCAGAGGUAAAUUGAUUAUGAUGCCACCAUCUGUAGAUGUAUUGUUCUUACCAUCAAUUUCAACUCAACUUAAAAACUCAUUAAUCCAACAGACAGAAUUAUUGCUUUACACUCCACCAAGAGAACAUUUCGGAAUAGUACCACUUGAGGCAAUGUUAGCCAAAACUCCAGUUUUAGCAAUUAAUUUUGGUGGUCCGUUAGAGACAGUUGUUAAUUAUAAUGGUAAUAAUCUCGAUGAAGCAACUGGUUAUACUGAAACAGGCGAUUUUACAAAAUGGUCAAAAAUUAUCAUGAAACAUUAUAAUUUGGAUGAAAGUACUAAAAUUAAAUUGGGUGAAAAUGGUCGUAAUAGAGUUAUUAAUAAAUUUUCAAGGAAGAAACUUGCUCAAAGUUUAGACAACAUUUUGAAUUGA